AUGGGCAAGAACAGCAAGAAGAACAGAAGGAGAGCGAUUCUAGCCACUGCCCAACAUGAAUCGACAAAGAAGGAGCCGGAGAGCGUGCCUGAAAGCGGCCCGGAAAGCGCUGACUCGGCGCCUCGGGCCCUGAGCGACUCAUCGACUGGAGUGAAGCGCCCCAGCCCCCAUGACGCCGACGAAGACGACGAUGGCUGGCAGACAAUUGAGAAUGGGCGACCGGUCAAAAAGCUGAAGAAGAUUCCCAAACACGAGUCGAGUCGAUACCCGGGGAUACUCUUUGCCCCUACGGCGAGACUGCAGUCCAAAGUUAACCUAUCCCAAAUACGCGACCUGAUCCUGUAUAUUUUGGCCGACGGUUCUGCGCCUCAAUGGGUUGCCGUCAGGCAUCGGUCUGAGUUCCGGAAGGUCGUUGCGAUAUGGGUGCCAGGCCUAGAAGAAGCCAUGUUCAAGAAGCAUGUCGAUCUCUCAACCUAUUCUCAGACUGCUGCCAGCACUGACAUGGGUCAAGCGACCGAGCGCGUGGCAACAUCCCCAGAUGAUUACUACCCCCGUGUGCUGAACAAGGACUUGCUGCCAGAGUCGCUGCAGCCAUUUGCAGAUAUGUUCUCCCACCUCUGGCCCAUCAAGGCCCCAGGUGACGACAAGUCAGCCAGACUUCAUUCGCCCGUCAACACCAUGCUUACUACCCCUCUACCGAAAUCCAAGGAAGAGAAAGAGAUCAAAGGCGUGAAGCCAGUCUCGGACCCCCAUGGCUGGAAGGAUGUCCGAACAAGGAUUACCGAGUUCCUGGUCACGCCCGAGACCUUCCUGGAGAAUGGCUUCGUGCUGCACCCCGCUAUGCUACCAGACGAGGAACGCCGGAAGGCUUUCGUGGACCCAGAAGGCUGGGUCCACACCAAUGUGGAAAAGCUUGAGGACGGAGACGUCCCGGAAGCAGAAAUCCAACAAGGCAGCAUGACGGCGGGGCGAGAGGUUCUAGCGCUUGAUUGCGAGAUGUGCGUGACCGGCGAGAGAGAGUAUUCGCUCACCAGGAUCAGUAUCGUCUCAUGGGAUGGCAAUGUUGUCCUUGACGAGCUUGUCAAGCCGGACAAACCCAUCAUUGACUACGUAACCCGGUUCUCGGGCAUCAGCAAGGAGAUGUUAGAUCCGGUCACAACUACCCUGAAAGAUAUCCAAACACGCCUUCUAAAACUACUGCACCCACGUACCAUCCUGGUCGGCCAUUCGCUCGACUCUGACCUCAAGGCGUUACAGCUCACACACCCUUUCAUCGUCGAUACCUCGGUCCUCUUCCCCCAUGCACGCGGGCCGCCCCUCAAAAACUCUCUCAAAUUCAUCACGAAGAAGUACCUCAACCGCGAAAUCCAGAAAGGACACGGGACGGUACUCGGCCAUAACAGCAUCGAAGAUGCUAGGGCCUGUCUGGACCUCGUCAAGAAGAAAUGUGAGAAGGGCAAGGCAUGGGCUGCUAGUGACUCUCAGCGCGAGAAUCUGUUUAAGCGGCUGAGCCGCGCUGGGACCUCGUACUCCAGCCAAGCCGGACCAGAGGCCAAGGGAGGCCUCGUGACGGGGAAGAGCAGUGCGGCAGUGGACUGGGGAGACCCCAGCAAGAACGAAUGUGGUUCUGCGACGUUCAAGAUUUCGUGCAGCUCGGACGCCGAGGUCGAGGCAGGCAUCCUGCGUGCUGUUAGUGGUGAUCCCGACGGCCUGGAAGUGCCAGGCGGCGGAGUGAACUUUGUAUGGGCGCGUAUGCGCGAGCUCGAGGCCUUGCAGGGCUGGUGGAACCGCAACAAGCUCGCCAAUAACGAGCGCGGCGGACCUCCGGUCUCACUACAGGUACAGGCCGAUACGAUAGGAACGUUGGGCGACACGCAACAACUUGACGGAGAGGCGUCCGACAUCAGAGAGAAAGCGGCCACAGCAUCGCCGUUGGAAGCGUGUCUCACAGAGCUGACGCAGCGGCUCGUCCGCAUCCACGCCGCCCUCCCGCCGUGCACGGCGUUUGUCGUGUUCAGUGGCAGUGGCGAUCCGCGCGAGAUGAGCCGGUUGCAGGCGUUGCAGGCGCAAUGGAAGAAGGAAUACAAUACCCCGGGCGUGAGGUGGAAUGAACUCAGCGUCAAGUGGACGGAUGUCGAAGACCAGGCCCUGCGCCGGGCUGUUCAGAGGGCGAGGGACGGCAUCGGCUUCAUUGGGGUCAAAUGA